AUGCCUGGAAGUGUCCAUGAUGCUAGGAUUUUCAACUUGUCGCCUUUGAGUACUAAGCUCAGAGAUGGAACUUUAUUUAGGCCCGAGUCGAUUGUGCAAAUUGAGGGUAGUGCUGUGCCUCUAAUGAUAAUAGGCAAUCCAGCCUACCCUCUGCUGCCCAACCUCAUGCGACCUUUGAUAGGUAGAGGGAAUCUUAACAGAGAAAAAACUUUGUACAACUACAAACUUUCAGCAACAAGGAUGACGGUUGAAAAAGCAUUUGGUCGUCUGAAAGGCAGGUGGCGAUUGCUGCUCAAAGAGAACGAGCAUGAGAUAACCAAUCUAAGGUCUAUAGUGCAGACAUGCUGCACUUGGCACAACAUUUGCGAAGCAUCAAAUGUUGCCUAUCCCCAGGCACUAGAUGAAGUUGUUGAGCUCGAUGGUCCAAUGGAACAAAUUCGUAGGCAACAACCAACUGCUUCUGGAGAACGUAUAAGGGAUUCACUUGUGAGGUAUUUUCAAAAUAUGUGA